AUGGUGGUGUUAUUCACUGAGUCUAUACGUGGCCAGAGUGAUACUUUCUCGCAGUAUAUAAAACUCUACAAAACACUUGAAAAUAGGAUGUACGGUAAAAUUCGACCAGUUACUAACCAAUCAAAACCAGUCACUGUAAAUUAUAGUGUUCAUUUGUUAGGAAUUAAAGGACUAGACGAAAAGGAACAACUAUUGGAAUGUUCUAUUGCUCUUACUUGUCGCUGGACGUAUGAAAAUUUGAAGUGGAAUGCAUCUGAAUUUGGUGAUGUCAAAACGCUGACCUUCUCACCAAAGUUUGCAUGGAUACCUGACCUUACAAUAAGCAAUUCAGUAGACUCGAUGUUUGUGUUAACUGAAGACAGUGGAAAUAUCAAUAGAAUAAAGGUCAUGAGUAAUGGUCAUGCAGAAUGGGAUACUGGCGGGAACAUACGUACAUCAUGUCAAAUAGAUAUAACUAAAUAUCCAUUUGACUCUCAAUCGUGCACCAUCAUUAUUGGUAAACUUGGGUAUGAUAGUGAAAUAUAUCUAUCUAUAUCAUCUAAGACAGUUUCCACGACGACUUUUGAAAAGAAUGGCGAGUGGAAGUUGAAAAGCGCCUUGAUAGAGGAAAGAUUAGUCCAUGAGGACGUUACACAAAUUUAUGUCAUAUUAAAUUUAUCGCGAUACUGGUUAUUUUAUGUUGUUAACGUUCUGUUGCCCGUGGCACUUCUAUCUAUUAUGAUGGUUUUCAGCUUUAAGAUACCGCCCGUUAGCGGGGAACGUUUAGGUUACAAUAUGGCGUUACUCCUGUCUUUUGUUGUUCUUCUAAAUCUGAUUGGAGAAUCUAUGCCUAGAGUGUCAAAACAAGUUUCAUACCUUCAGUUGUACGUAAGUUAUCAGCUCAGUAUGUCAGUUGUGAUCACAAUGUUGUCAAUUUGGCAGGUGAGCUUACAUUUUACCAAAUCCAAAACAAUCAUCCCCUUUAUUCUUAAACUCUAUUUUUUCUUUUGCCGAUGCAGAAAACCAAAGAGUGUUGCAUCAAACAAUGAAGAAGAUGACAGUAGCGUUAGAAAUACAGCAGCAAGUGACAACAAAGAGCAGAUUCAAUCAGGAAUGGAUUCUGCAGUGAACCAGUUUCAAGAGGCUUGUGCCAUACUCUCAAAAGCCUACGGUGAAACUGCCAAAGAAUGUGCAGAUGCCUACUUCUGCUAUGGACAAGCUUUAUUAGACUUGGCUCGAAUGGAGAAUGGAGUGCUGGGAAACGCCCUUCAAGGAAUAUGA